AUGCAUCGACUUUUUGCUGAGCUGGAGCCAUCUGUAACCGUCACCGAGCAAAACCUGGCAGACCGAGUUCGGUAUAUCUUGCGCUCAAAUACAUUUGAUGUCACCGAACUCGAACGGCUACGACGUGAGGCUGUUCCUUCAUCGGGUGAAAAUGCUGCGGCUGAGGAUGCGGCGCCACAACUUGCUGAGCAAACGGCAAAUGUGGAUGCCGCCGUGAAUACGCCAGUUGUGGUUGAUUCAAACGAUGAUGGAACAGUCGCCCAGGAACUGAAACUAGAGCAAAUGAGGAGUACAUUGGAAGAGGCGAUUGUGGAAACGCGCAGUACGACUCUCGAAAAUCGACCGCGACUUCCCCGCUUAGCCCUAAGCAAGCGGAAUCGGGCUGUCGUGAGGGCUCUGAACCCAAUGCUGGUUACCUAUUUGGAAGCCAGCCGGGACCUUUGCGAGACGGACUCAAUUCUUUUUGGCGCCGCACUGGCAGUCUGCCGUAUUAUAGGUGCCAAACUUUCCACGGCUGGACGCGCUACUGGACAAAGUAGUGCUAUCCCAGCAUGGAGAAUAAGAAUUGAGGAACGUAUCGCAAAGGCUAGGGCCCUCAUCGGCAGACUGAUAUGCUUCAGGUCAGGCAAUACCAGGCCAAGGAUUGUGCGCACCGUCAGGAUGGCGUUUGCUGGGACAAAUGUUAGUUUGUUCCAGCCGGAUAUAAUGCAAAAACUGACGGAGCGCAUAGACGACCUGAAGCAAAGAAUAGCUGCUUGGGGAAAGCGGAUUCGGCGAUAUACCGAGAGGUCGACACGGUUCAACCAGAAUCGUCUCUUCCAGAGUGAUCAGAAGAGGCUCUAUAAAUCAUUGGAGCGACCAAUAGUAAGUGGAACGGGCCAUGCACCAAACCAGGCCGACAUGGUCGUAUUCUGGCGCAGCCUGUGGUCAGAGCCCGUAAACCACAACGAGGGCCCUUGGACGGAAGUUGUGGCGAGUCAGUGUGCGAGUAUUACGCCCAUGGACCCCGUCAUCAUAACGCCGGAUGACGUAGCUGAGGCGGUCCGUAGGGCCCCGAACUGGAAAAGUCCGGGGCUUGACGGGCUGCAUCACUACUGGCUGAAGGGGUUCAUGGUGUGUCACUCUGUGCUCGCCCGACAGUUUCAAGAGGCUCUCAACCAGAAGUCGCUCCCAAGCCUCUUCACUACUGGGAUCACUCAUUUGGUUCCUAAAGAUCAGGGUGCCACAGACCCGAGCAAAUACCGCCCCAUCACGGCGAAAGGGGGAGAAAUUGGAGGUUUCGCGUAUCGGGCUAGGAUGCAUCGUCUUUUUACUGAGCUGGAGCCAUCUAUUACUGUCACCGAGCAAAACCUGGCAGACCGAGUUCGGUAUAUCUUACGCUCAAAUAUAUUUGAUGGCGCCGAACUCGAACGGCUACGACGUGAGGCUGUUCCCUCAUCAAAUGAAAACGCUACGACUGAGGGUGCGGUGCCACAAGUUGCAGAACAACCCGCACAUGUGGAUGCCGCCGUGAAUACUCCAGUGGUUGCUGAUUCAAAUGAUGAUGGAACAUUCACCCAGGAAUUAGAAAUAGAGCAAAUGAGGAGUACAUUGGAAGAGGCGAUUAUGGAAACGCGCAGUACGCCUCUCGAAAAUCGACCGCGACUUCCCCGCAUAGCCCUAAGCAAGCGGAAUCGGGCUGUCGUGAGGGCUCUGAACCCAAUGCUGGUGACCUAUUUGGAAGCCAGCCGGGACCUUUGCGAGACGGACUCAAUUCUCUUUUGCGCCGCACUGACAGUCUGCCGUAUUAUAGGCGCCAAACUUUCCACGGCUGGACGCACUACUGGACAAAGUACUGCUAUCCCAGCCUGGAGAACAAGAAUUGAAGAACGUAUCGCAAAGACGAACAAGAGUUGGUUCAAGUUCUUUGGUACAAAGAAAAAUAAGCAAUGA